UAGCAGCAGUCAGAUGGUGGGAUGCUUCGGAGAGAAGCGAUCCGUUCGGUCCAUUAUCGCGAAAGAAAAAGGGGAGGUGAUAGUGGAAGAAGAGACAUGGCAUCUAAAGACAUAACUGCCUCUUGUUUCGUCAGUGUGAGCAGGGAUAUUACAGAGAGUAUCAGGAAGAUUGUUGACAAGUCCUCUAUCAAGUUUAUACGCGGCAUUAAGCUUGACACCAAAAAUGGCAAGUCAGAGGACCGGAUACUGGUCCUCACAACAUGGAGACUCUAUUUCCUGACAGCCAAGGUUCCAACAAAGAUAGAGGUGACGUUUAACUUCUUGGAGAUCCGAGCCAUGAACAGUCACCCAGAGUUUCAGGUCGUCAUAGACUUGGACAAGUCCACUUAUUCUCUGCGGCUUCAGUCACGUGACCACCUCAGUCAUGUGGUCAGCCACGUUAACUUUGCCCUGUCCAGAAUAUUCAACAACUCUGUUUUCUCUCCCUCCAUCUGUCAUUCAGACAGUGACCUUUCUGAGGGAAGCAGGAAGUACUCCCCCAGCUCAGAGACGUCUGUGGAAACCCAGAGGGCCUGUGGAGGGUUUUCCGAGACCUACGCUGCCCUGUGUGACUACAAUGGAAUCAGCUGCAAGGAGGAAGUGCAGUGGGAUGUGGACACUAUCUAUCACUCUCAAGACAACAGGGAGUUUAAUCUAGUGGACUUCAGCCACCUGGAGAGCAGGGACUUGGCAGUGAUUGUGGCCUCAAUGGCAUACAACACCUGGUUCACCAAACUAUACUGUAAGGACCUACGCAUAGGGUCAGAGGUCAGUGAGCAGGUUCUGCACACACUCAGUAAGUCCUCCAGUCUGGCAGAGCUCACACUGGAGAAUGCUGGUCUCAAAUCUGACUUUGCGCAGAAGCUGUCAGUUGCGCUCUCAGAGAAUCCUGCUUCUGUCAUCCACUCUCUGAACUUGGCCCACAACACGCUGGACAACCAAGGUGUGUCUAACCUCAUCCAGCAGGUGUGUCGUCUCAGCAAAGGACUGCGUCUCCUCAACCUCUCCAAGACCUCCCUCAACUCCAGAGGUGUGGUGUCUCUGUCUCAGGCUCUGUGCUCCAGUGAUGAGUAUUCCAACUCUCUACUGCACCUGGACCUGAGCAAGAACCCUGGAGUCCUGUCUGGGGAGGACGCUUCGAAUCUGUACCUUUUCCUGUCCCAGCCUAAUUGUCUGGUCCAUUUGGACCUGUCUGACACUGACUGUGCUGUUGACUCUCUAUUUGGGGCUCUGCUGAGGGGGUGUUGUGCUGAUCUCUCCUACCUGAAUCUCUCCAAAAAUUCCUUCUCACACAGGAAAGUGAAGGAGACCCUGCCGUUGUUCCGUCAGUUCUUUAGCUCGGCCUUCAGCCUCACCCAUGUCAGCCUGGCCUCUAUGAAGCUGCCCCCUGAUGCCUUGAGGUCUCUUUUCAUAGGUCUGACCACAAACCCUCACAUUAAUGACCUUCACCUGGACAUCAGUGGCUGUGAGCUGAAGUCUGCAGGAGCUGCUGUGAUCCAGGAGCUGUUCCCCAGGGUCUCCUCCAUCGCCACCCUGGACAUCUCAGACAAUGGGCUGGAUGCAGACCUUCUCUCAGUUCUACCAGCUCUCUCCAGACACACCUCCCUAAAGCACCUGUAUCUGGGCAAGAACUUCAACAUCAAGAGCAGGGUGCUGGAGGAAAUCCUACAGAAGCUGGUCCAACUCAUACAGGAGGAGGAGUGUGCCCUCCAGUCCCUCUCCCUGGCUGACUCGCGGCUGCGUUCUCGGGGCACAGUGCUGGUAAACGCUCUGGGCAGCAACACCUGUCUGCGUAAGGUGGACCUGAGUGGGAACAGCCUGGAGGACAUUGGAGCCAAGAUGCUGAGCAAAGCCCUGCAGAUCAACACCACACUCAGGAGUGUGACGUGGGAUCGUAACAACACCUCAGCUACAGGAUUCCUGGAUGUGGCUCGAGCCCUUGAACAUAACUUCACCUUGCAGUACAUGCCCCUCCCCCUCAGUGACAUCAGUCAGGCGUUCCGUAGCGCCGCCGAGAGGACAGAGCAGGCACUGACCAAGAUCCAGCGUGCUCUGCUGAGGAACAACCAGACUCAGCGCUUCUCUCAGAGACAGGCUCUACGGCUGCACCAGGGCCUGGUCACCAGCACUGCUGAACAGGUGAUGGAGCGUCUGUGUGUGCGUGUGCAGCAGCAGGUGUGUGUGCUGCGUGGAGUAGGGGAGAUGGAGGAGAUUCAAGCUGCUAAACAAGUGCUGAAGGAGGCCAGGAACUCUCGCGCGCUGUACCCCUCUCUCUGUGAGCUAGCUCAUGUCCUGUCAGUAGAUGGGCCAGUCAGACAGAAACUGGACUCACUGGCAGGAGAACUGGCCAAGGCAGCUGACAAGGAACUACAGGUGAUAGUUGACUCCAUGGUGUCUCUCUGUCGUGAGCUGUGCCCGCUGUCCUCCUCUGCAGCAGAGAGAUUGAGUCCUCCGCUCUCGUCCGUCUCUGAGCGCGUCUCCAUCCCACGCUCUGCCAUCCGGACGGCCAUGAUGGAGCGAGCAGCUCAGGACAUCCACCGUGUGCUGGAAGAGGUGAAGCUCUCAGUGGUUUCCUAUCUCACCAACUCCAUUGUGGAUCAGAUCUUGCAGGAGCUCUACGCCACUCACAAGACCCUGACGCGUCAGGUGUCCCAGGUGAAGCGCUGGGAGGGGACAUGUGACGGAGGGACAGGCCGGAGGUCACACAGACACAGAGACUCUCUGGACAUCACUGACGAGGAGCUGGGCACCAGCAUAGACACAAUUGCCAUUAAGAAGCACAGCUCUAGAACUAGACGAAUACGACCCGUUUCUACCAGACUGAGCCUGUGUGAUGACUCCAGCUCCUCCCCGCCCGCCUCUGCGUCCUCUUCUUUCUCGGCCCUCUCUCGCUCUGCAUCCUGUGAGGGGCUGUCUGAGCUCCCUACCCAGGGUGCACCGCUACAUCAUGUGACGCGGGUUAGGCCGAGGCCCCCACGGAGGCACCGAGCAGGACACGCCCCCUCUGACACACAUUGCACUGAAAAUGGAACUGUCACCCCUCUUGAUGAUGGACUCCCAGAUUUCUACUCCAAGAGAGUCCUCCCUGAUAGUCAGUUGUCCUCUCUCCAUAAAGCCCACUCUCUCAGGCGAAAGAAAAGACGCAAUAUGCUGGCCAUCUUUGGUUUCCGUAGGAACCGCAACUCAACGCUCUCCAAUCAGGGGCCAGAGUCUGGCAGAGAUGGGUGUGGGGAGGAGUGUCACACUGUUGCCACGGCACCCACAGGGACAGCCACUGAGAAUGUCUACACGCUGCUGCAGCCCCCUCGUUCUGCUGCCAGGGCCUGCUCUCCUGGUGAGGGGGCUGAUGGGAAGGUGGAGGACCAGAGGAGGGAGGAGCCAGUGAGCCUGAGCCUGCAGCCAGUGCAGAGCAUACCACCACAGCCUGGCAUGCCGGGCAGCAGACACCCCUUCUACUCACCCAGCCAGCCAUCAGAGCUAGAGACAGAGCACGAGCAACCUGCCGAAACAGACAGACAUUGGUCAGAGGACAGACAGUGGACAGAGGGGCUUCACACAGACAGAGAGAGGACAUUAAUAAGACCGGCUGACAGACAGGCUGACCGGCACUGGACUGAGGACAAACUGUCAGACAAAACAUGGACAGAGGGAAGAACGGCAGAGAGACAGAUGGACAGAUAUUGGACAGAAGGCAGGAAUGCAGAUAGACACAUGGAAAGACAGUGGACAGUUGACAGACACACACAAAGACAGAUCGACAGACAGUUUGAUCGAGAUAGACAGUGGACGGUGAGCAAACAACAGACAGACAGACAGUGGGCAGAGGGACGACCGACAGACAUACAGAUAGACAGACAGUGGAUAGAGAGACGACCGACAGACAUACAGAUAGACAGACAGUGGAUAGAGAGACGACCGACAGACAUACAGAUAGACAGACAGUGGAUAGAGAGCAGGCAGUCAGGCAGACAGUCUGACAGACAAGCCCAGGGACAACAUCUGGCUCAGAGGCCUCUGCCCCCUUACCCAUCAGACAGAACUCCAUCACCUAAAAUUGAGACUGACUCCCAGAAAAACAUGGAGGCAACCAUCGACAGACAGAAGCACUCUGACACACAGACGGAAAGACACCUGCGCUCAGACACUGCUGUAGGACAGGUGGAAGGGUGGAGGGGUGGAGGAGGGGUUCCCCCUGGACGGGUUUCUAUGAGUGCAUCUAAACCAGACCCGCCUCCCCAGAGCAGCAAACCCAACCAGUCCAAACUGAAACAGAGACAUCUACAGGAGAGCUCUGGUGCAGACGAGGAAGCAGACGGAGAUAGGGAUGGUGGAAGAAUGGAAAGGAAAGAGAGAGAUAGAGGCAGAGAUGCAGAGGGACAGCCACCUCCCAUUCCUGAAAAGCCGAAGACAUCCUAUAUGUCUUCUCCAAACGAGUAUGCCAAUGAAAGGCUGAUCCAUCCUCCUGCACCAUACGCAUUCAGCAAGCCAGUGCUGGGAUUGGCUGACCUGGCUUUCAGUCAAGGUGAGGAAGAAGUGAGACCUCAAGCCCCAGUGAAACCCCAGAGGAACAGAAAGGCUAUGUCUUGUGACACAGACAGCGUCAACUCAGCAUCUGGUAACAGCGAGCUGUUGUAAUGCCGAUGGAAUUCAGCUGCUUCAGACCAACCAGCCAGAGGGUUGUCAUGACAACUGGGCCGCAUUUGGUCCAAUGUGGAAGCGGAGAAAUAUGUGAGGGAGAAUCUAGACUCUAGAGAGAGAGGGGACACACAUAUAUAGAGAGAGAAAGAGAGAGAGGGGGAGGGGAAGAUAAAUGGCUUAGAGUGCAAAAUGAUACGGACAUCGCUAAGCAUAACUUACCUACUGCAGUAUUAUUGGAACACACACAUCCUAUUCCUAGUCCGUCUAUGUCUGUCCCUUGCCCUCACUGUCUGCUUUCCUGUCAUCUCAAUGGAAACCUGCUGAACUGUUUUGCAGCUAUUCGAAUGGUGUUUGCUACUUUUGAAAAUCUACUGAAUUGUUGUCUGCACAUAAAAAAUUGCUAAAACACUGUCAUGCUAUAAUGCUAAGGGGCCAAACAUUGGAGCAUUUUUAUUAUCAUCAUUGAGAGUUACACUUUAUUUUGUAUUAUUAUUGUUUAUGUAUACUAAGCUAUGUGGCUAAGCUCGACUAAAGAAAGGAAUGUGUCUAUUAGAAUGUUAUUUCUAAAUCUGCAAUGCAAUUUGACUGCUGUGAACGUUGAUUGCCAUGGUUGAAACUUGAAAAUGAGUUGUUGCUUAUAAUUAAAUUAAAUAUUUAUAUCUAGUUCUGCUUUCAUGGACUGAAAGGUAAUAUAUUUUAUAGAAAACAUUUACUUUAAAAAUGAUGUAUGAGUAUACCAUAUGAAUGAAUAAAAAUGCUGUA